AUGAAGGUCACCGAAGCAGAAGAGAGCAAUCCGCUUGAAGGUCCAACUCCACAAGCUCCACAGGGUAAAGGAAGCAUCAAGGAUCUAUACAAGUAUGCCACCUGCUUAGACUAUUUCCUUAUUUUGGUUGGUUUCAUCUCCGCUACUGCCUUAGGAGCGAUCCAGCCUUCUUUCUUCUUAUUCAUGGGAGAUUUCUUUGGGAGCAUGGAUGCGAACACCUCAAAGGACUCAUUUUAUGAAUCAGCAAAAAUUGUCUGUUAUGAGCUUAUCGGAUCUGCCUUUGUUUUUACUAUUGCUGGAACAGUUUCAGUUAUGUGCUUUGUGAAUGUUGGUGCUAGACAAGCUUUCCACUUCCGAAAUCACUAUUUCAAAGCGAUAAUCAAUAGAGAUCCAUCAUGAUUUGACCUCAGACAUGUUGCAGAACUUCCCCAAUCCUUAGCAACAGAAACUUUAAUGAUCGAAAGAGCCACAGGGGACAAACUGAUUGUUUUAAUUAUGGGCACAAGCAUGAUAAUAUCUUCUUUCAUUAUUGCCUUUAUCAUGGGCCUCCAGCUAGCAUUAUUUUGCUUAUUUCAGCUAAAAUGAUUUUUGGCCGCUCAGAAGUGGGGUAAUUUAUUUUUUUGAAGUUAAAAACUACUUAUUUAUCAUAGAAUGAUUCUAUUAAAAUUAGAAUUAGCUAGAUAUUUCAUAUUAGUAAGAGUUAGUUUUCAUGCCGACGGUUACAUAUGGAUUCAUGUUGACUCAUAAGGGACUUGAACAAAGUUCCAAAAUAGCUGAUACUUCUUAUAAACUUGCAGGAGGUAUCGCUGAAGAAGCUUUGCAAGAAAUCAAAACUGUAUCCUCGCUAAAUGGGCAGAAACAUGAAGCCAAAAAAUAUACAGAAUCUAUAAAAGAUUCACAAAAAUCCAUGCUUUUUAGUGGAUUGAAGGUUGGUGGAGGUACUGCAUUAGGCGUGAGCUCUUUUAUGAUUAUGAAUGGAGUUAUUUAUAUUGUUGGAGCUUGGCUCAUAGAUAAGGGAGAGGACAAUUGGGCUGGUGGGGAGGAAUAUGAUUUAACAAGAGUCAUCACAGUUAUGUGGGUGAGUCUUAUGGCCUUUAAUAAUAUUUCGCUGUGCGUUCCUAGUCUAAAACUUAUCAGUAUGGGGAGAGUGGCUGUUUAUAAUAUUACAGAAAUUAUUAAAGGUAAAUCAAAACUUACCCAAGGAACCCGAAAAAGCGAUAUUGAAGGUGCCGUUUCAUUUAAAGAUGUUAGGUUCUCUUAUCCAUCAGCGCCUAACUCAGAAAUUCUUAAAGGACUUAGCUUUGAUUUAGAACCAGGACAGAGGCUUGGAGUUGCUGGAAGUACUGGAUCAGGAAAAAGUACUAUAAUUCAGCUUCUACUUACUCACCCCCUCCAUGAGCGAACAAAAAAAUUUUGUUCUCUCACGGAGGGGUUAAUUUGUUUUUUUAAAAAAAUUUAUAUUAAUUUUUAAAACAAAAUUGUUUUCGGGAUUUAAAAAAAUCCCACUUCUCGAAAAUUGGGAGGCAAAUAUUAAUUCAAUUUAUAAAAUUUAUGCUUUAAAACGAAAUUUGUUCAAAAUUAAACAAAAUUAGCUCGAGAUUUCAUGAUACUAGUUAUCACUUAUAUAUCGAAAUUUUUCCCAUAAAAAAUUUCUGUUUGUUCAAGGAGGGGGAGUUAGAUAUUAUGAACCUUCUUCUGGAACUAUUACAAUAGAUGGAUACAACAUCAUGGACUAUUCAAUAAGUUUUUUAAGAGAAUAUAUUGGGCUUGUGAGCCAAGAACCAUUACUUUUUAAGAUUAAGUAAGCCGUGCGUUCUAGAUAUGGCUGGAGAUUUCCACCUCAGCAUGCUUAUCAUCCCGAAGGACCACAGCAGGCACUCUUUCUCGCUACCACAGACGAGGAUUCGUACAAUCGAUCUUGACUUCCACCUAUGGGCCCAUCGCGUGAGUCGAAACUCAGAGAUUCUCGUUAGGCAGUUGUCGCCUCUCUGCUCGAGGGAUUUAUCGUCCUCUCUUGCCAUUUCCAAUAAUAGUCUUGGAGGCAAAAAUUCAGAAUCCCAGGGACUAGCUCCCUAAGGCUCAAGAAAACCUUAACCCGAUAUGCACAAACGAUUGCCGGCCUCUUUCUGCCACACUUGUCUGCUGGUGUUGAAGAAAAGUGCCAGAAGGUCGAGCGGUCAGCCGCCACCAAUUUUAUGUAUAUACCAUUUCUUUUUAAUGCCAGCAUUUUUGAUAAUAUUAGGUAUGGAAAAUUAAAUGCCACUGAAGAAGAAAUAGAAUUUGCAGCGCGAGAAGCAGGAGUGCAUGACUUUAUUUCAGCCUUACCCGAUAAAUAUAAGACUCCUGCAGGAGCUAAAGGGUCUCAGCUGUCCGGAGGGCAGAAGCAAAGAAUUGCUAUUGCAAGAGCUAUCAUUAGAAACCCAAAAAUUCUCUUAUUAGACGAAGCAACAAGUGCUUUAGACAGGCGAACUGAGCAAGCUGUCGUUGAAGCCAUAGAUAAAGCCAUGCCAAAAAGCACAAGAAUUACGAUUUCUCAGAAUUUACUCACAAUAAAAGAAUCAAAUUUUAUUAUCGUGAUUGACCAAGGAGUUGUAUCGUUAUUUGCAGAUUUUUUGAACAUUAUCACCUAAAUGUGGAGUUUUUCCGCGUUUGAAAAGAUGAUUCCACAUUUAGAUGGUAAUGUUCAAAAAUCUGCAAAUAAGGAUACUGGAAUUUGGCAAUCAUAAGCAAUUAAUGAAAAACAAAUCGAAAUACUACCAUCUCGUCAAAAUGCAAAAAAUUCAGCAAAAAAAUGAGGAUGAUGAACAAGCUCAAGCAAAAGUAAUUGAUCUCGAAGUAAAUAAAACGAAAGAAGAUGAGCAAGUUAAAAAUGAGUACGAUGCAGGAAACGUCAAGAAAAAAAUGAUGCUUAUGAGCAAAAGUGAAAGGGGGUGGCUUUACUUACUCCCCCCCUCCGUGAGUGAACAAAACCAUUAGAAAAAUCGAGAUUUUUUGACCCUAAGUGAGUGAACAAAAUCUUUUUUAUGAAAAAAAGUUUGAUAUAUAAGUGAUAAUUAUUAUAAUGAAGUCUCAAGCUAAUACUGUUUAAUUUUAAACAAAUUGCUAUUUUAAAACAUAAAUUUUACAAAUUAAAUGAAUAUUUGCUUUCCAAUUUUUAUAGAAGUGAGAUUUUUUUAAAUUUCGAAAAAAAAAAUUUAUAAAAAAUGUAUAUAUAAAUAUUUUUAAAAAUAAAAAUUAACCCCGUGAACAAAAUUUUUUGUUCACUCAUGGAGGGGGGGAGUUAGGAAUGGCUGGAUCAAUACUGGUUGGGGCUGGAUAUCCUAUUGUAGGAAUGUUCUGUGGAAAAGAGACCUUUGUACUAGCUUAUAAGGAUAGCAACAUGAUUACCAAAAGUUCUGAAUAUGCAGGCUAUAUCUUCUUAUUAGCAUUUUUUGUAUCACUUGGACUGAUUUUCGAAUCAGUCAGUUAUCCAAAAAUGAGUGCAAAUAUCACGGCGAAAAUGAGAAAAGCAGGCUUUAAAGCACUUCUUAAAUAUGAAGCAGCAUUUUUUGAUCUUCCUGAAAAUAACUGCAGUGCACUUUCCGCAAGACUUUGCAAUGAUUGUGAAAAAGUUAAUGGAUUGGGUGGGCACAUUGUUGGCAUCAUUCUUGGGAUUCUUAUAUCGCUCACAGUGGCCCAUGGAAUUGCUGCAGGAUAUUCAUGGAGAAUAUGCUUACUCUCCCAUCCUAUAGCAAAUAAAGCAAAUAAAAAUAUUUAAAAUUCUUAUUAUAUUGUUUUGUAAAGAUAAGAAUACUUUUAUGAUACGCUUUAAAUUAAUGAGAAGCUAGUUUUCUUAGCUAUUGUCCCAAUCAUUAUUUUUGCUACAGCGGCAUGUUUUAUGGCUCAAUCCGUUGGAGUCGUAAAAUUCAACUAUGAGUCUUGCACAGCUCAAGCUGCUGAUGCAAUUAUGAACUAUAGAACUGUCAAAGCUUUUAACUUGGAAAAAGUCAUGCACGAUAAAUAUUUAGAGCCCGCAGCUCAAGAGUUUGCUAGCAUUCGCAAAAAAGCACUAAUUUCAGGUAUUGCAUAUGGCUUAGGUUUUGGAUUAAUUUGGUGUGCUUAUGCAUUGAUUUUCUGGUGGGGCGGAAAUAUCGUAGUUAAAAAUCUUGACACCUAUGAAGAUAUGACUAUUGCUAUGAUAACUUGUAUGUUUGGCUCAAAUGCAUUUUACUUAGCUGGAAUAUAUGCACCAGAUGUUAAAAAUGGAGUUGAGGCUGCAAAACGGCUAUUUAAAGUUUUAGAAUAUCAGCCAAAAAUAAAUGUUAACAGCAAAGAUGGGGAGAAAAGAGAAGUUGAAGGGAAAAUAGAGUUUAGAGAUGUAGUAUUUUGCUACCCAAAUCGAAAUUACAUGGCUGUUAAAUCUUUAAGCUUUACGAUAGAGCCAGGGACUCAUUUUGCAAUAAUUGGGAGAACAGGUUCAGGGAAAUCGACAGUAAACCAGCUUGUUUUAAGACUUUAUGACCCAUUAAGUGGUUCGGUCUUAAUAGAUGGCAUUGACAUUAAAGACUAUAACCUCAAACAUUUAAGAAGCCAAAUUGGACUUGUAGGACAAGAGCCUGUUCUUUUUACUGGGACUAUCGCAGAAAAUAUUGCAUAUGGUAUAAAAGCUUCUCAAGAAGAAAUAGAAGAAGCAGCGAAAAAAGCUCAAGCAAUUGAAUUUAUAACAGAUCCAAAGUACUCAGAAGGUUUUGAACGCCAAGUCGGCAUAAAAGGAAGCAUGCUGAGUGGUGGACAAAAGCAGCGUAUUGCAAUCGCAAGAACAAUUAUCAGGAAUCCUAAGAUCUUGAUAUUUGAUGAAGCAACAAGCGCCUUGGACUCAAAAACAGAGUUAUUGUUGCUAGCUGCUAUUAGAGAAGUAAUGGCUGGAAAAACCGUAAUCAUGAUCGCCCAUCGACUCAAGACAAUUUCUGAAGCACAUCAAGUUAUGGUGCUCGAAAGUGGGAAAAUUCUGGAAAUUGGGACGAGGGAAGAUUUGAUGAAUCAGGGAGGCUACUUCUAUAACAUGAUUAGCAAUCUUUAA